UUUUUUUUUUUCUUAUGGAAACUAAAAUGGUCGGAAAAAGUAUUUUGACAAAAUGAACAUUUUUCUAUCUGAUAAUCUGUAACGGUUAAAGAUAAAAUAAGGAAGUUGAUGGUUAUUUAAUAAGCAUUAUUAUGGUGAAUCUCAUGGUGGUCAAUGUCAGUCAAAUAGGUGGUAUUAUGCUUCCAGGCUGCAUUUUUUGUAUAACAAGUGUUCAUUUCUGAGGGAAAAAACUUUUUUGACAAACCUUUUUUUUUUCAAUGUUGGUAAGGUAAGGUAAUGAAUUUUACGUGUUUCAAGCACGUAUAAAACUGACUUAUUAAGGCUCCGAUUUGUAAAAAGUGGCAAAACCGCGGAUUUUCACAUUGAAAUUAGUGAAUGGACAAAAAAAAAAAAAAUAAAAAAUGCACUAAAAAAACAGACGCAUUUUCGAGAAUUCAAUUUAAAUCGCGGAUUGACUCCAAAAUGCCUGGAUUUGGAAAUGCCAUUCUUUCACCAAAAAUUUGGUAAGCAAAAGUACCCUUCGCAGGGAGCUCGAUGAAGACAAUUUUGCCAUAAUUAUGGGAAGAUAAUACAGUAUUAACCUCAUACAAUAAAAAUUGAAAAAAAACUGAAUUGGCAUGAGUAGAUGAUAGAACUAGAUUAACCAAAGCAUCUACUAUUAGUAGACUACCACAUCCAAUGGAACAGGGCAUUGCAUUGGGAAAUUAUCAGUUUAAACAAGGUCAUUUCUAUUAUAGCGAACAUUUAAAGGAAUACGGAAGCUAUGUAAUAGAAGUUUGCGGGAGCCGUAUGCGCAUGAGUUCUGCAUAUCAAAGAUUAAUCGGGAACAAUUUCCUAUUAAGAGGUCGAAUCAAAUUAAGACACAUCAGUGCAUAUAUUAGUGAACAAUGAAGAAAAUGUAUGCAACACAAGCAAUGCAAUUAUAUCAAAAAUCGUAUAAAAAGUGAUAUGAUUUUUGAUAAUGUUGUAAUUGUCUUGUUGGUAUCAGGACUGUUGGAUGAUGCCCUCACGUUAUGAUUAUUUUAUGGUACUUGGCAUUCGUUCGGCAUCAUAAAGAUAUUCGCAUAACAGAAGAAAUCUGAUUUUAAAUAGAAUAAAAUAUUUUUCAUCGCAUUUUUUUGUGCAUAUUAUAUUAUUUAACGAUUAUUAUUAUGUUCAUUAAAGAAAUAUCAUAAUUCUUCAUUUUCAAUUAUUAACUUAGCUGUUAGCUUUAAAUCAACUGGAAAAAAAUAUAUUAUUUAAAUAAAUUUUUGUUUGUUCAUUUAAAGUUCUUUUGUUUAUAAUACGGUUUUUGUUUGAAGUAAUGUAACUUUUAUGUAUAUGGAAUGAAAGGCUAUCAAUUCAAGAUUGCAUUGGUGUCAAUUUCCUUACAUUCAGAUGUACUUUUUGAAACUAGUGAACAAUAUGGCAAUCAUUUUAUUUUUUUUAAUUUAGCGAGAGAUUUUACGGCUCCUAAUCUACAUUUUUCUUUUGCACCCGUCCGGAAUUCGGCACAAGCAAUUUGGUUUGUGGAUGGUUCCAGUUAUAUGUGCGCUGUGGCGAAUGCUUUAGAAGAAGCAACAACAGAAAUAUACAUCGCCGAUUGGUGGCUUAGUCCUGAAAUUUACAUGAAGCGGCCAGCGAUUGAUGGUGAUUAUUGGCGAUUAGAUAAAAUACUACAUAGAAAAGCGACUGAAGGCGUUAAGAUAUUUGUGAUGCUUUAUAAAGAAGUGGAGAUGGCUCUUGGUAUUAACAGCUACUACAGUAAACAGAUACUUAAUUCCCACGAAAACAUUAAGGUAAUGCGUCAUCCAGAUCAUGCUCGUGUAGGCGUCUUUUUUUGGGCUCAUCAUGAAAAAAUAGUUGUUGUCGACCAAAUGUAUGCUUUCCUUGGUGGUAUAGAUCUCUGUUAUGGACGUUGGGAUGACUUUCGACAUCGAUUAACAGAUUUGGGAAGCAUUUCCACAUCAAGUGUAUCAGGCAGUCUUCCGAAAAAGGAGGACGACUCAGCUUUUGAAUCUAGAAAAUCCCAUCGAAAUGUCAACAUCGAUAUGCAAGAGCAUGAAAAGGAUAUUGUUCUUGAGGCUCUUAAUCCUGGAGAUAAAAUAGUAGUCCAAGUGUAUGGAAUGUCUGGUGAGCCUCUUGAAGAAACUUUAAAACAGAACACACCCGAGUUAGAACGAAAAAAUGUUUUGGAAAAAAUCAAAGAAAGUGCUGUGAAAAAAGGAAAAGAGUUAGUUAAUCGCCUGGCUCUUGCUGAAGGGGCUGAAAAAACAUUGAGUAAGGGCCAAAAAACUCCUGAUAUUACAGUAAAGAAUUUGGUUUUUUCCCCAAACGAGCUGAAUGAAGGAGAAAAAGGUCGUUUUGAUGAUUAUACACCGUUCGAGACGAAAAUUUUUGGCGAGUACUAUGGUAAUGCGAAAUUUUGGUAUGGCAAGGAUUAUUCUAACUUUAUUAUGAAAGACUUUGUAAAUCUGGAUGCACCUUUUGUGGAUUUAGUUGACCGAACAACAACACCACGAAUGCCUUGGCAUGACAUUGGGAUAAUGGUUAUAGAAAGUUCUGCCAGAGAUGUUGCAAGACAUUUUAUCCAGCGAUGGAAUGCUCAAAAAUUAGAGAAAGUUCGAGAAAACAAUUCUUUUCCGUACCUGAUACCAAUGUCCUACUCACACUUCAAAGUAAAUCCAAGCUUGUUGAAAUCAAAGCUGAACAAUGUUACUUGUCAGAUUUUGAGAAGUGUCUCGUCAUGGAGUUGUGGCUUUAUAGAGCCUGAUCUAGUGGAACAAAGCAUUCAUGAUGCAUACAUUCAAACAAUCACAAAAGCUCAACAUUAUGUAUACAUUGAGAACCAGUUUUUUAUUACAAUGCAACUAGGAGUGAGUGGAGCCAACAACGUUAAAAACCAGAUUGGUGAAGCAUUAUUUAAAAGAAUAGUUCGAGCUAAGAAAGAGCAGAAAACUUUCCGUGUAAUUGUUGUUAUACCUUUAUUACCCGGAUUCGAAGGCGAUGUUGGAGGUUCCACGGGAAUUGCAGUUAGAGCUCUAACUCACUGGAACUAUGCUUCUAUUUCAAGGGGGAGGGCGUCAAUCUUGACUCGCUUGAAAGAAGUUGGGGUUGAUAACGCUCAUGAAUAUAUUUCAUUCCACAGCCUGCGAACACAUUCUCAGCUUAAUAAUAUACCUAUCACUGAGCUUAUAUAUGUACAUUCUAAGUUGUUAAUAGCAGAUGAUCGUGUAGUAAUAUGCGGAUCGGCGAAUAUUAACGAUAGGUCAAUGAUUGGCAAAAGAGACUCAGAAAUUGCAGCUAUUAUCACGGACAAUGAAUUUGAAGAUGGCCGAAUGAAUGGUCAGCAGCUUCCCAGUGGUAUUUUUGCAGGACGUUUAAGGAAAUAUCUCUUCAAAGAACACUUAGGACUAUUGGAACCUAAUGCUGAUCGCAUGUUAAUAGAUGUAAGUGACCCGGUUAUAGAUCAGUUCUAUAAUGGAAUCUGGAGGAGAACUUCUAAACGUAACACUGACAUAUACGAUACAGUUUUUAAAUGUGUGCCAAAUAACUUAGUUAAAUCUUUUUCGAGUUUUAAAAAGUAUAACGAACAGCCAGCUUUAUGCAAAACGGAUCCGGAAACAGCAACGGCUAUGGUUAAAAACAUUCAAGGGUUCCUGGUUGAUCUUCCCACAGAUUUUCUAUGUGAGGAAACCUUAACGCCCCCAAACACGAGCAGAGAAGGAAUUAUUCCAACUGCAGUAUGGACAUAACAAUGACCCGAGUUAUCAAAACCGCCCUAUGAAAUCCACAGAUAAACACAAACGGACUCUUUAAAUAAAACAAUUUUGAUAACCUCUUUUUUAUAGUUGUCACAAUUUCUUCUA